AUACAAAGCAACUAGUGGGACUUCCUUGUAAAAGAAAGAACGAUCUAGGUGUCUCAUGUUUUUGUUCACAGGAGGAAGAUAGGUUUCGCUCAAGGACAGUUCAUGAGGAGCAGAGGUUGUCAUUUGAGCAAUUGAAACAAUAGAGGACAUAAACGUAGACCUGGAGUUCAGUCGAUGCCAAACAAGUUUUGUAUUCCUGAACAAACACAGUGAUAUUAUCUCCUUUCGAAAAGCGAAUGAGCUCAACAUCAAAGCAAAACUGGGCUAUUUCUGAUUGUGAUGCCCAUUUUUGUGAUGUCCUCGUUAUGCUGAAAAUUUUCGUGCCGUUCCACUGCUACGGUUGGAGCUCGCAGAAGUGUUGGGGAGCAGAAGAAGAAACAGCAGGAGAAGCAGGAAAAGCAGGAGAAGCAGGAGAAGCACCAGCAGAAGCAACAAUGGAAGUGCUAACAGUAUCAAAGCCCAUACAGAACAGAGAAGACUUUGAUUCGGAUUCAGAUUCGGAUUUGGAUCUAGAUUUUGCCAGCCCCCAAAAACAGUCUCUUCAAAACUCAGUGGUAACUCCUGGAGAAUUGGUAACCUCAGAUCCAAUGUUGAUGAGAGGCCAUGGAACAUAUUCUGUUGGCAAUAAAACUUACUCUUCAGUUGCAGGUACCAUCUCCAGAGUUAAUAAGUUGCUAUCAGUGAUUCCUCUAAAGUCUAGGUUUCGACCAGAAACUGGAGAUCAUAUCGUUGGAAGAAUAACAGAGGUGGGAAACAAAAGAUGGAAAGUCGAUAUUGGUGGCGAACAGAAUGCUAUUCUAUUACUAGGCUCAGUCAAUUUGCCUGGAGGUAUCCUCAGGAGAAAAUCCCAAAAUGACGAGCUUACUAUGAGAAAUUUUUUAAAAGAAGGCGAUUUAUUGAAUUGUGAAGUGCAGAUGCUCUACAAUGAUGGUGCUGCUGGUUUACAUACACGAUCACUAAAGUAUGGUAAAUUGAGAAAUGGAUUGUUGGUAUUAGUUCCAAGUUAUUUAAUUGUCAGAACUAAAAACCAUAGCUUUGAUUUGCCCGGAAAUGUCAGCAUUAUACUAGGUGUGAAUGGAUUCGUUUGGUUAUACAAGACUCCAUUGAAAACUUCGUUAUCUUCUUCCAGCACUUUAAAAAAUACAAAUCUAAACAAAUUCCAAACGAUGCUAAAUAGUGACUCUUCUAAUUAUACUCCUGGCUCAACAUCGGUUUCAAUUACAAGAUUGGAAGAAGAAUCAACCUGGGAAAUAUACUCUGAUAAAAAUGAUCCAAAUAUCUCCAAUAAUGUCAGACUAAAUAUAGUCAGAUACAAAAAUUGCUUGAAGUGCUUAUCGCAUUGCGAAAUUGGAAUAACUAAAUCAAGAAUUGAACAUGUUUAUGAUAUCAGUUUGGAAUAUGAAAAUUCUGGAAACUUAAUUGAAAUAGAAGUUAUGGAACGAAUAGGCAAGGAUGUUUUAAAUGGCGAGAAAAUGAGAGGUGUAAACACUAGCAAGAUGAUGAGUUUAUAGGACUAUAUACAUUGGAAUCUAGAAAGUUUAUGAUGAAUUUAUCUAGUUCUUUCCCUGUAUACGAUAGUUUUUGUUUUUUGUUUUUUUUGUUUUAAAGAAACAAAAACAAAAAAAAACCAUAAACUGUUUACCAAUAUUUUUAGUCAUUAACGAUACGGUUGUUGCAUUGAGACUUAUAAAUGAUUAUUGAAAAAUAAUCCUAAAAUUCAGGUACGAUAAAGGCUCAUGAUUUUUUAAAACAUUCUUAUGGGUUUUAGAAUCAAAAGUGAAAAGUUUUAUUCAAAUUGAA